AAUAUGACAGCAAACUAACCAAACAUUUUCAUGUCAUAAUAAAAUUUCUCUUUGUUUUUCUAUAAAAUGAUUCGAAAGAAAACACAAACACUUUCCGAUAAAAUUUCGAAUGUGUUAAAUACAGCACCAGGUGUAAUAGAUCCCGAAGAUGAUAUCUAUGAAGAUACUAGAGCAAAAGUUGUAUCCAAUGAAGAUAUUGAAGACGAAGAUCAAAUCGGAGAUUUUAAACCAAGUAAAAUUACAAAACAAAAUUUAGAAUUAUUAGAAAACAUCGAUACACGGUAUGCGGGAAAACGACGAUCUCGUAAAGAUUUCGAAGAUAGUGAUGAAAAUAUCCCAGAUGAACAAAGUGAUGAUAGCGAAGUUUCUGAGGAAGAUAAUUCGAAUAUCGAAAAUGAAGAAGAUUCAAGUGUCGACGAUGAAGAUGAAUCAGACGAAGGUGAAGAUUUUGGAGAAGAGAAUGAUGAAAGUCGUGAGGAAAAUUCGAAUUUUAAACACAUGCGAGAAGAAAAUAUUAAUAGCCAGGUACAAAAAGGACAAUGUGUGAAAAAUCAAUUACGUUUAUGGGAAAAUUUACUUGAAGUUCGUAUUAAAUUACAAAAAUGUUUAAUAACAGCAAAUCGAUUACCUCAAACCGAUACCUACACGAAAAUCAAAGAAAAAUCAGGCGAAGAAUUCGAAAAGCUUGCUAAAGAAACCCAAUCAAAUGUAGCUAAAGUUUUAGACGGUUUAUUAAAUUUACAAGAUACGUUACUAAAAAAAUACCCCGAAACUAAAAAUCUUGACCAGAAAACAGUUGAAGAAAGUGACGAGGAAAUUCCUAGCGAUGAUGAAGAUGAAGAAAAAAUUGUUUCGGAAAAUGAAGAAGAAACUGGUGAACCAAUUACAAAGAAAGUUAAAACAUUACCCGAUUAUGAACAGACAAUAUCGAAACGACAUAACACUUAUAGAAAUUAUCGAAAUAACGUGAUUAGAAAAUGGAAUGAAAAAACACGAAUUUCCGUAUCGAAAAAUUUAAUCAAUACAAAUUCAGUGAUUAAUCAAAUCGAAUAUAUUUUAAAAGAUCGUGAAAAAUAUAUUCGUAAAACUCAAUUAAAACGUUCCAAUUACAAUAUUGUAGGACUUAAAUCUGUUAAAUCAACGGGAUCUGAUGAUGAAAAUGAUGAGACUACAUCGAGAAAACGAACUUACGAAGAAUAUAAUGCGGAAAUUUACGAUGAUGAUGAUUUUUAUCAUCAAUUAUUACGUGAAUUAAUCGAAUAUAAAUCAACAAAUAUUACAGAUCCGAUUAAAUUAAGUCAACAAUGGAUUCAGUUACAAAGUAUGCGUAGUAAAAUGAAACGGAAUGUUGAUACAAAAGCGACAAAAGGUCGAAAAAUACGUUAUACGGUACAUACGAAAUUAGUGAAUUUUCUGGCACCAAUGGAUGAGAAUAAAUGGACAGAUCAUGCUAAAACUGAAUUGUAUAAUUCAUUAUUUGGAAAAAAUUUACCGAAAUAAGGAGGGGUGGCGUCUUAUUUGUACAUUUAAAA